AAUCAACAAUCUGUCGAGCACGCGGCCGGCGCUGUAUUUUGUUUUGGAUUUUCAUAAUGUCCAUCAAGAUGAGUAUUAUUAUGCCCGGCGAGCGCGUCACGAUUGUGGAGGAUGCUGCCAAAAGCAAGCGAAUCAUAUUAGGCCCGGGCCUACGAAGAGUGGACGAAAAAGUUGUUGCCACCAAAGCCGGCCCACUGCGUCACAAGGAGCCCAACACAUUUUGGGUGGACAACUAUCAGCGGCGUUACGUGCCAGCGCGGGGAGAUCUCAUUAUAGGUAUAGUAAAGGCCCGAGCCGGCGAUUUGUAUCGUGUGGACAUUGGGGCGGCGGACUUGGCGUCAAUUUCGUACCUGGCCUUUGAGGCAGCCACAAAAAAGAAUCGGCCGGAUCUCAAUCCUGGCGAUCUACUUUACGCUCGCGUACUUAACGCCAAUGCGGACAUUGAGCCGGAGCUAGUGUGCGUCAACUCGAACGGCAAGCGCGGAAAGCUGGGUGUGUUGCAGGAUGGCUUUUUCUUCAAGUGCAGCCUAAAUUUAGGCCGGCUGCUGCUGCGCGAGAGCUGCCCCGCCCUGGCAGCCCUUACGGAGGAGCUGCCUUACGAGAUUGCCGUGGGCGUCAACGGACGCAUCUGGGUCAAGGCGCACUCGACGCGGGAAACUGUGGGUCUGGCGAAUGCCAUUAUGACACUGGAACAGGCAGGCUAUGCGGAGAUUGACAAGAUCUGCGGGAAUCUGAGUGGCGUGGUGCAAGCGUGAACAAUUAACAAAAAUUAUUUACAAUUAA